AUGCAUCGGAAAGGGCUUGAGGCGCUUGCUGUUCCGAUUUUAUACGGUGGCGCCAACCCCAGGAAUGCGGCGUUCAGUGGUAUAGUGUAUGAGGUCAUGAGCUGUGUACACUACGCCUAUCCCGUAAUGGCCGCUGAAUGCAAUGAAUCCCCCGUAGCUUGCGUACGGAACUUGCGGCACGCUAAAAAGAAGGGCAAGGAGGCGGGAGUUACUUUCUAG